GCUGACAUUAUCUCUACUCGUACCUUAUCCACGCAUAACACAGCACUCUUAGUGCGCAACGCCCGAGAGGAAUGCAGACGCCGAUUAGAAUCGAAGCAGAUGUCAUCAAGGGCGCACCGAACUCCUGGAAACGAUGAAGAAGCUCCGCCGAGCACUGUCCCUUGUGCCAACCGCGUGUGAAGUGUACAUUUCGUACUGCAAGCCCCGGUCCUUGUUGGAUUUACCGCUCGAACGCCGAGGAAAGUGGGCGGUGCACUGUGUCUACAACGAUGGCAUCGUCCUCACCUGCGAAGUGGUCCGGGAGACUGCGAGUCGUGAGGUGGUCGGAACAAUCAGGGAGACGCACCUUACGGGGCUUCAGAACGCAGAACAUGUGGGGCCAGGAAGAGCUUCAAGGGAUAAGGUCAGGUCGACUGCACGCAAGCUGAACAUGCAGGCCUGGAAGGAACAGUCGGAUGGUAAAGGAGAUCCCUGCCUGGACUGGUUCAAAGAACUGCUAGCAAAGCUUGACAUUCAAGUGACGGACAGUUUUUUACUCAGAGUGAAAACCAAGGCGUGACAACCACGUUCUCUUAUGGACAUCGCAAACAUUGUUUUCCCUUUUUGGUGCCCGGACGAUUGCUACCUACAUCACUGCAACUUGUAAAUUUUUUGGAGUAAACCACGAAUUAAAGUGUAGACUAUAUAACAAGACCACUAUCAUAGGCAACAGGGCAAGGGCGGUGACGAGCUGGUGCGUGUAGGUACACGGAGAAAACACAGGGAAAGACGACACAUGCACACACACAAUUUCAAAGGCUCCUAGGGUACCCAGAGGAUCUUAAAGGUUCUACUGUGUUUGAAGAUCUCGUAUGUCGGUCUUUUGCCUCAACUCACUGUUGCUUAUUUUUGAUCCGCAGUCUGGUACACAAGUGCUACACGAAAUACAGCUUUUUCAACUAAUUUUGUUCAUUUUCUGUGAUACAUUACUCUCCUGUAUUAAUUCAGCAACACAUAGGCAAUACGGACUUUUUCACUUUUAUACGCAUACUAUGACACGUCGGACGAUGGCGCAAUGAAACAGACAAAACAGA